UCCAGAAAGUGCUACAGGAGGCAUAAUAAAACAGGAAGAAUUCCGUGUGGAGAUAGUGACAGCUGCUGGGGAGGAAAUCGAGGAGGAAAUUGUGGAGAUGUACUUUGAAAAUAAGAAACGGUCUGGUGGGGGACCCAUUAAGUCCUGCGUUAAAGAUGGCCAACGAUUAAUUAUUACUUUUGAAAAGGAAGAAGAUGCUCAAGAAGUCUUGCGAAGAAAGAAUCACGCAGUAAAGAAAAUUGCACUUCAUGUCCAAGAGUGUCUGCCAGAGACUACUCAGCUGCAAGUGCUGAGUUCUCUAGUUGUGCUUGAGGAUGUGCAGGAGACCAUAAACCAAUGCAUGCUGAUUCUGUUGGUAGAAAAUGUCAGUGGCUUAUCAGAGGAAGACCGUGAUUUCAGUGUGGAGAUUAUACCUGAGAAAACUGUUGCUGUAAUUACUUUCUUCAAGCCUACUGACACAGACGAAUUCAUCAAGGCAUUCAACGAAAACCAUAGGGUUAAGCAACUGAACAUUUCUGCACGUUCUCUGGAGGUGACCAAAAGCAUUCUAGUCGAAAACAUCCCCUCUGACAUAUCCAUUGAUUUUAUUGUUGUCUAUUUUGAAAGCAAGAAGCAUGGAGGUGGGCCAGUGUCAGAGGCCAAUUAUCUUUCCAAAGAGAAUUCGGCCAUCAUUACUUUUCAGCAUAGCAAAGAUGUAGCUACAGUCUUGGCACAGAAGCACUAUUUCAACCAACAUCCAGUUUCUGUUCAUCCAUACUACAACUCUUUGGACACAGCUCUGUAUGGGAAGGCGAGGCCACAACCUAAGAUGCCAGAACCAAUCAGAAUCUCCUUGGAUCCAUACCACUGGCAAUUUUUACAGCAGAAUAGGCAUUUACUACAGGAAAUAGAUCAUGAAAUGGCCAAUUACUAUUGUGAGAUACAAUGGCCCAUAGGACAUUGUGCAUGCCCAGAAAUUACAAUUUGUCCUUCACAUACCUUGAUGAAACAAAAAAGGUCCUUGGCCAGGUCUUGGAACGAAGGUGCUUCCAGCCAGUUUGCUCAGAUUCUGUCAAAGCACAAAGUUGUAAAGUGCAAAGUGACUGCUGAGGUGUGGGAAGCCAUAAGAAAUGGUGUAGUAAAAGAUGACAUUUUGAUCCUCUCGGAUAUUCCAGAAGGAAUCGUUGUUUUGGUGGGUGCAGCAGAAGAUGUAGAUUGUGCAGAGCAAGAGAUGAAGGUGCUCAUAGGAAAUGCUGUUAAAAAGAUUGAAAAAGAGAGGCAGGCAAUAGAGGUGAUUGUGACCAUUGAUGUUGUAAAGUACACCAUUUUAAAAAAUGCUGGACUACAAGAAAGUAUUAGCGUGGAGUAUCCAGACCUAAAGAUUUCCUACGAUACUUCAAAAAAAUGUAUAAGCCUGUAUGGUGCAGCUGCAGAAGCUUUUAAAACCAAAAGUGAUAUCCUUGAAAGAGUAUCCAGUAUGGCCCAGAAGCCUAUUGAUGUUCAUGCUUAUGUACUAGUUUUUCUACAACAUGUGGAUAAUGAAACUCUGUCACAACUCUUAUUCUGGGCCAAAAAAAUUAAUGUCUUUUAUGAGCUCAAGGAGAAGAAGGUCCUGCUGACAGGAAUAACUCCUCAAGACCUUCUACAAGCUGAGGAAGAGUUGAAGAAGGAUCUGGACUACAAAUGUAUUGAACUGGAAGACAAUUUGGUCAUCCGUAAGAGGGAGUGGAGGGAACUAACUGAUAGUAUGUACAAGGCUCAUAACUGUUCAAGUGAAGCGAUCAUAAUUAACGAGUUGGAGGAUCGAGUCAUCAUAGCAGGUUAUUUCAGAGAGGUGGCCAGUGCCACUCAGAAGCUCUCCGAUUUUGUUGAUAGGAACACUUGCAUUCAAAAAACCAUCAGGACUACUUCUGAGGCAGUUACAAUGUAUGUGGAGAAGGAAAAACACAACAUUUGGCACAGUCUAGUACAGCGUGGUGUGAAAAUUGAUUUUGGUACACAAGCAAGUCGCAGAGUGAUUUCCCUUGUUGGUCCCAGAGUAGAAGUGCUGAAAGGACUUGAUCUCAUGGAAAAACUACUGUCUUCUCUGAGUUCUACAAGAAUGAUCGUUGAUAAACCAGGAGCCAAAACUUCGUUCAAGGAACAAGAACAUUUAUAUAUUACAGGGGCAAAAGAACAAUUUAAUUGCUUAAUCAGGCUUCAAGAAGAUGGGGAAGAAUCUGAAAAGGACCAUGGCAACGGGGGUGUUCAUGAGGGAUGUGGGAAGCUGUGCUCUGAAGUUAAGAUGAGAAAUGGUGUUGUAGUAGCAGUUCGUAAGGGUGAUUUGACUUGUUAUCCAGCUGAUGUUGUGGUCAAUGCAUCAAACGAAAACCUGAAACACAUUGGUGGUCUCGCAGAUGCUUUAUUAAAAGCAGCAGGCCCUGAGCUACAAAGUGAAUGUGAUGAACUUGUGAGGACGUAUGGACAUUUGAAGCCUGGCUGUGCAGUUAUCACAGAUGCUGGGAAUCUACCGUGUAAACAGGUGAUUCAUGCAGUCGGGCCAAGGUGGAAAAGUUUUGAGAAGGAGGAGUGUGGGUUGCUGUUAAAGAAAGCUGUCAGGGAAAGUUUGCAGCUGGCAGCGUUGCAUAAUCAUCGCUCCAUAGCCAUCCCUGCCAUCAGCUCUGGGGUCUUUGGAUUCCCACUAAAAGAGUGUGCCCAUUUCAUUGUGACAGCCAUCAAGGAAACCUUACAGGAGUCUACUGGGAUUGGCUGCCUGAAACAGAUAGACCUUGUGGACUUGAAGGAAGACACAAUUCAGGCUCUCACUGAUGCCUUGAACAAAGCAUUCGGAGAUGGUUCAUCCCUGGCUAGAGGCGGAGCCUCUCCAUCAAGCUCUGAAACCAUCAAGCUCCGCCCCAGACAGAGAAGAACUGAACAUCCAGGAAUAACUACUGCUGAAGGCUUGAUGAUAAUACUACACCAAAAAGGAAUUGAAGAUGCUACUACUGAUGUUGUGGUCAACAGUGUUUCCAGUGAUCUAAAGCUUGACAAAGGCCCGCUCUCCAAAGCUUUACUUGGCAAGGCGGGGUCAGGUCUUCAGCAAGAAUUGGUCACACAAGGCCAAGGAAGAACCAUUACAGAAGGCUGCGUGUUAAAAACAAAAGGCUAUGCUCUGGGUUGCUCUUACGUACUUCAUGCAGUUUUGCCUGGCUGGGCCCAAGGUCAAAAAUCUGAAGACAAGAACUUGGGGAAAAUCAUUGAAGAAUGUUUGGACAUCACUGAACAGCACUUUCUGACUUCUAUCACAAUUCCAGCAGUUGGGACUGGUAACUUAGGAUUUCCCAAGCCGCUUGUUGCCAAAUUGAUGUUUGAUGAAGUGUUCAGGUUCAGUCAGGAAAAGAAACCAACAGCCCUUCAAGAGGUUCAUUUUGUGUUGCAUCCAAGUGACACUGGCAGUAUCAAGGCCUUUACAGAUGAAUUAAACAGCAGACUGGGUGUGGGCCGUAGUGGCGUUUCAGUGUCCAAUUCUCAGCCACUGCUUGAGAAUUCCCAGCAAGGCCAAGCUUUGAGUGAACAUGUUUCAGCUGCAACUGCUGGAGUUCAUGAAAUGCGGAUUGGCUCUGUUGCAUUUCAGGUAGCAUGUGGAGAUAUUACCCAGGAAACUACAGACGCUAUAGUGAACAUAAGCAAUUCAAUAUUUAACCUGAGAGAAGGUGUUUCCAAAGCAAUUCUGGAAGGAGCUGGACCUGUGGUGGCAGAAGAAUGUGCUCAGCUAGCAUCGCAGCUUCACAACAACCUCAUAUGCACCCAAGGAGGGAAUCUGAGGUGUAAAAAUAUCAUCCACCUUGUUGCCAAUAAUGAUACAAAAGCACAAGUUUCUAAAACUCUCAUGGAAUGUGAACAAAGGCAGUUCACCUCUGUUGUCUUCCCUGCAAUCGGGACAGGGAAGGCAGCACGGGACCCAGCUGCUGUAGCUGAUGAUAUGAUAGAUGCCAUCGUGGAAUAUGCAAGCAAAACUUCUGCCCCAGUGGUGUCGACUAUUAAAAUAAUAAUUUUCCAGCCACAUCUAGAAAAUGUGUUUUAUACAAGUAUGCAGAAAAAAGAAGGUGCAUCCAGCAAGCCCGGUGCUAGCUCACAAAAAUCAAUUUUCUCUAAAGUAGCAGAAUUCUUUGGUUUCAGCAAACCAGCUAUAAAGGCAACGCCUGCACUGUAUUUGGAGAGCACUGUAAAGCCAGCCAUUUUUCAGAUUUGUGGUGACAGCCAGAAGAACGUGGAGACGGCAGAAUCUUGGAUCAGAGACCUGAUUUUAAAGAACCAGCAUGAAACCACUGUCUCGGAUGAAUGGAUCUCAAGCUUUGGAGAAAGAGAAUAUGAGAAACUCCGAGAACUCCAGAUGAAACUGCAUGUUGUCAUUAAAUCAGAAACUGUGACCUCUUCUCCCUCCCUCUGCAUUUUUGGUUUAACCAAAGAUGUCUUAAGUGCCAGCUUAGAAAUCCAACAAAUGAUCAAAAGGAUCAGGAAAGCCCAAGAGGAGCAGUCCAAGGCCGAUCUUCUCAGCAACCUUGUAGAGUGGCGGUACGAAGACAGUGGCCAUUACAGAACCUUUGAUAACAUGACAAGCAUGCAUCUAGAACACGCGUUGCAAAAUAAGAGCAUGUAUGACAUAACCAUAAAGGACAGACGCUACAAAGUAGACCCAACUCGGCAGCAGGCAACAGAUGACCAAGGGAGAAGUGUCAGUAUUAAGCGUAUCUCAAAAACAGAAGAUAAAUCUCUGGCACUUCCUGAAGAGUGGGUGGACAUGCAGCAGAAGCGUGUCAUUGCAGUGGAGCUAACGCCGGGAACGAAGGAAUAUCAGGACGUCCAGCAGAUGUUUAACAAGACUUGCCAGGCAUUCACAAUUGAAAAGAUCGAGAGGAUCCAAAAUCCAUACUAUUGGCAGGCGUACCAAAUUAAAAAACAGGAGAUGGAUGCCAAAAAUGGCACUACAAAUAAUGAGAAGUGCCUGUUUCAUGGAACAGCAAGUUCAUCAUUGACUCUCAUCAACAACUCUGGGUUUAACCGAAGUUAUGCUGGAUAUCAUGCUGCUUUAUAUGGGAAUGGAACUUACUUUGCUGUUAACGCCAGCUAUUCUGCCCAAAAUACCUAUUCGAAACCAGAUGCAGAUGGGAGAAAGUAUAUGUACCUUGCUAGAGUGCUUGUUGGAGAAUAUUGUGCUGGAUCAGCAGGCUUAGUUGUUCCAAAGGCAAAAAAUGGAACAGAUCCUACUAACCUGUAUGACAGUGUGACUGACAAUGUGAAAAAGCCCUCCAUGUUUGUCAUCUUCAAUGAUAUCCAGGCUUAUCCAGAGUACCUCAUUACUUUUAAGUAAUAAACUUUCCUUUUAUCCUCUAAGUUUCACUGC